AUUGGAUUUUAUUCUAAAUAUAGGAAGCCAGGAGUUAUUUUAAAAAUAAAUAGGAAUCACAAGAGGUAUUUUAAAAAUAAAAAAUAAAAAACUCUAGUUACUCUGUGGGAAACGAAUUGGAAAUGACCAAACUGGGAGCUUGUGGCAGAACGGAAACCUAAUCUAUUGUCCUGACUUAGAGGAAGGGACAAAUAUUUACUUAGCAAGCCUUUACGUGCCAAGCUGUUCUAAACGCUGAGGAUGAACAAACCAGAGUUCCUGCCUUCACGGUGUUCACAGACUAGCGGGCAGAAGACAGACACAGCACGUGUGGCGGUGUAGAGGGCUUGGUUCCAAGAGCCGAUAAGGAGGACCCUGGCGACUGCCUAGUCCAAAAGCCCUAGCUAGAGCAAGAUCAACUUGUACUGCCCUUAGUACAGCCACGUGAGUGGGGUGACCAUCGACCUUAACCAAAAAGAUGUCAAGGCUUUCCUCCUCCUCACUCCCGCGUCCCCCGUCUCAGGGAGAGUCUCCCAGCUAGACCCCAGCAGCCUCAGCACACACGGCACGGGGCGACAGCUUCCGGGGGCGGGGCCCGGUCUCUCUCUGCGUCCACCGCGCCUGCUCCCCGGACGAAACCCGCGGACAGGGCUUUAGGUUCGCCGGAAUCCCACGCUCCCGACUUCUGCUUCCGGGUCGGAGCCAUGGCGGUGGCAAAUUCAAGUCCUGUUAACCCCGUGGUGUUCUUUGAUGUCAGCAUUGGCGGUCAGGAAGUUGGCCGCAUGAAGAUCGAGCUCUUUGCAGACGUUGUGCCUAAGACGGCCGAGAACUUUAGGCAGUUCUGCACCGGAGAAUUCAGAAAAGAUGGGGUUCCAAUAGGAUACAAAGGAAGCACCUUCCACAGGGUCAUAAAGGAUUUCAUGAUUCAGGGUGGAGAUUUUGUUAAUGGAGAUGGUACUGGAGUUGCCAGUAUUUACCGGGGGCCAUUUGCCGAUGAAAAUUUUAAACUUAGACACUCAGCCCCAGGCCUGCUUUCCAUGGCAAAUAGUGGUCCGAGUACAAAUGGCUGUCAGUUCUUUAUCACCUGCUCUAAGUGCGAUUGGCUGGAUGGGAAGCAUGUGGUGUUUGGAAAAAUCAUCGAUGGACUUCUAGUGAUGAGAAAGAUUGAGAAUGUUCCCACAGGCCCCAACAAUAAGCCCAAGCUGCCUGUGGUGAUCUCACAGUGUGGGGAGAUGUAGUCCAAAGACUGAAUCAGCACCUCCCAGGAGCCUGCCCACAGCUGUGGCUAACAUCAGUUGUGAAUCCGUCGCUGAUCCCUCCACCUCCUCUUCCAGGUCUAAGCCCAGACAGUGGUUCCCACCUGGGUGCUCCCGCAGCACUUGGUUCAUCUCUCCACUGUGGCAUUUAACACACUGUAUCACAAAUAUGUCGGUCUGUUUUUCCCUGGACUGAGAUCAUGCUGACUAACAUAGUGCUUGGUCUGACAGAGCUUAGGUCUUGGCACACCAUGCAGCUUACAAAGUACAUUUAUGCAUUUUCAUACAUUUUGCUUGAGGGCCCACAAUUAAACUUCAGUCUGUGCCUACAGUACGAUCGAUGCCAGCACUCAUUGUCCACUGGAGCAAGGUGUGGCAUGUCUGAGGAAUGGCAGGAGGAGGGGGACAAUAGUAUCUGAGUGUA